AUGACCGACUCUAACUCACCCACCCACCCACCCAACAGCCUCGCCAUCGUACGCCACCUCCCAGGCGAAAAAGUCAAGCCGAUCCGCACGCAAGCCCGCGCCGCCACCAUCCUGCCUAGUUUCGUCGGCCUCAGGUUCCAGGUGUACAACGGCAAGGAAUACCACGACCUCGAGAUCACCGAGGAGAUGGUCGGCCACAAGCUCGGCGAGUUCUCUCCGACGAGAAAACCUUUCAUCUGGUCACGACGGUAA